AUGUACGACCACAACGGCGCUUUGUUAUUGGAGGAGCCGCAGAAUGAGAAAAAACAAAAACAGGACAGACUUGCUGAGAGCAACAAAAAGCAGCAGACUCAACAUCAUCAUGCAGCUUCGUCACAGUCUAAGUCUUCCGGUCCGGAAAAUGAGGCCGCGACAACUGAUGAUGGAAAUUUAGUCACACCACGACCAGCGUCUGACGACAUCGCUGGAAGAACCCCUGCGUUAGACACAGGUGUCGACCACGAGGUACUAGCUGCAACAACCAAUACUGGUGGCGUUUCUAUUGAAGGAAACAGGCCGGAGCAGAUUGACCGUGCUGAUGCACUGCAGGUUGACGAACAUGCACAUGGUCAUGAUGAGGACGCCAGUGGAACUACUACAAGUGGUACUGGUACAACGGGCAGCACCUCCACCGCUGUGGAAGUCGGACUCAGACCACCUAGCAAGGAGAAACAAGGGCGAGAGGUAGCGGAGAUAACUGGCUUACACGGGGGCGAUGAGGAAAAAUCAGGAGGACAAGGCGGGAUUACUACAAAUGCUGAAGAUGCAUCUUCGAAAAUGGCAAGGGCAUCUGUUUAUUCACCGCAAAAGUAUCGUAUUCGUACUCACUGAUUGCAAUGAUCUCCUAUGCCUAUCGCAUUCGCAGAAAAUUCAUCAUUACACAUUUCACUUUUUCUUUUCUCUCGGAAAUAAAAUUUGUAUAUGUAAAUGUAACUAGUUGUACUGGUGGAACUAGAAAUACUGUACUCUACGAUACAUUUGCAAUGCACAUUGUUGAGAAGCCUGGUCAGACAAGUGGGGCGAAAGACGUUCACGUGCAAAAGCCGCCGAGCAGCACGAGUAGCAGCAUCGACGCCGCUGCUGAUCCAGGCCAACAAUCUGCUGAGGAAGGAACUGCUGUUGCUACGACAGAAAUGCUCCCUUCGCAUACAGAAGAACAAGGAGACUCUCCUUCAGCCAGCACG